GUCAAAUAUAAUCAUUGUAUUUACAAAACCCUUAUGCACCGAUACAGAGCUAAAGGUGUAGUAGAAGUGAUUAAACAUAAAAGACUUGAUCAUGGAAGAAGAAGAAAUCGCCUUGAAAAAGCAGCUUGAAGCUUCCAAAGAUUUUGAAGAAAGRAAAGAAAUACGACAAAAGCUUCGUAAGUUGAGGCAGCAAAARUUAGAGGCUCUAGAAGCUGAACCAACUGGUCGUGGAGGAAGGAGACGGAGAGAGGAGAGAACAGAAAGGACAACCACAACUACCAGUGAUGGAGUUACCACAACAGAAAAACGCACAACAAAGACAGAAAUAGUUGAAAAUGGUGAUGUGAUAAAGAGUGAAGAAGAUGUCGUGGUCAAAAAAGAAGAGUUGGAACCUGAACCGGAACCAGAACCAGAGCCGGAAGCCGAGCCGGAACCUGAAGUAGAGGCUGAAGCAGAACCAGAGGUUGAACAGGAACCAGAGAAAGAAGAAGAGCAACCUGAAGAAGACCAGGAAGAUGGGGAUGUUCCUUUCUACCUAAAGAAAAACCCUGAAGAUUUGACAGAAAAUGACAUUGGGGAGAUCGAUGAUUUAGACUUCUUAGAGAAUACACUUAAGGAUUUGCCACUAAAGUUCUUUGAAGUACGAAAACAUCUGCGAGGUCAAAUUAGAAAGGUAAAGGUCAACAGAGGGACUAGUUCUAGGCAUACGUUAGGUAAUGUCGCUCAACUAAAAAAGAGAGCCUUUGAAGAGGACAAAAAAUCCCAGUCAAUCUCUCGCCAGGAAAAAGGCAGAGACGGGAAGUCGAGUGUUUUAGAACGAACGUCGAAGUUUGGAGAGCGAACAAGGGCAAAGAGGAACGAAGAUAUCGAAAGCUCGAGAAUCGAGAAAACAGAUGGAAAACAUAAAACACAUAUAAAGGAAAAUGGCGAGUUGAAACGCGAGAAAGAAGACACUGAGAAAAGUGGAACACGUGGUAAAAGUGAAGAAAAUGAUCAUAAAGAAGAAUACACAAUCGAGAAGCUUGCCAGCGAUACUUUACUUAAAAGACUUGACGAGCCAAUAGAGAUUGAAAAUACCGAGAAAGAACCAAAAGAUAUCGAUUCUGAAGACGACGCUUCAACGAUUUCGUCUCGCAGUGCGACGUCAAGCACGUCUGACAUAGAGAAUGCACCACCGCCGUCCAGUGACGCGAAAGAGAAAUCUGGCGCUACCGCUGCCGUAGCCCCUGCGCACAGAAUCGAUGGCUUGCAGCCGGGGCUUCAAGCUAAAAAGACGGAUUUCAGGUCCCAAUUGAAGAAAACAGGAAUAAAUCCGAAAAUGAACAUCGCUGUUACAGGGAAAAUAUCGUCACUCGCUAAAAAAGAUACUCAGGAGCCUAAACUUGAUCUUCGUAGAAAUUUAAAAUCUGUGCCCGGAGCGGUGCCUUUGACAAGACGAGGGUCUGGGUCAGAAAAAUAUGGUCCUUCUUUGAGGGAUAGACCUAAAAAAGACGAGGUAGACACAGCGGAGAAGGAGCCAACUGAAGGAAAACGAAGGAUUUCCAGUGCCGACCUUUUUAAUCUCAUCAACAAACCAAAAGACACAGAAUCAAAGGACACAGAUUACUCGAAGCAAAGAGGCAUUGCUAAGAAACCCGUCGCUCCAUCAUACAAGUACGAACCUCCCAAGAUAGUCGGGGAAGAGGACGAGAGCUUUAAGGUGCUUAUGUCGCAGAGGAAGAAAGAAGUCAAGCGACAACACACUCCCGCUGAUCUUAAGCCCGGUAUAAGGUUAUCCAACAAAACCAGUAGAAACAAACCAGAAUGGUCAGCAAGACAACUACAAAAACCUCAAAUCAUCAGCCCCAAGACUGCGUUGCAGGACGACGACGACGUCGAAGAGGAUUUACCUCCAGAUAUCCCGGAUAAUCAAAUCGAYGAGAUUUUGAAAGACGUGGAUGUGGAAGAAAUUGAGGUGGAGAAACUGCCCCGCAAACUUUCCGCUCCGUCAAUUGUCGCCCCGAUCUCACCGCGACGGAAUCGUAAACUCUCGUCAGGAAACAUCAAAUGGGUUGAGGGCCCACAGAUUGAUAUUCAAGACAAAAGCCAACUGAGUCUGUUGCGUCAACAACUUGAAGAGCAGAAAAGACGGAAAGAGGCUGGUGGUGGAACUACGAUUACUGAGGAGAAGACUAGUAUCACUGAUGGAGGAUCCACAACCACCACAACAAAAACGACCGAAAAACAUGGCCCGGGUGGGUCAACCACCUUUACCAAGACAACGACAACACGUUCUGGAGGCACGGGCAGAGCUGGAGCAAGGAGCAUCGAAGCAGAGUUGGCAAAGAAGAAAAAAGAAAGAAUGCAAGCCAAAGCAGCGGCCUUCAAAAACGUCAAAGAUCAAAGAAACGCUUUCAAAGAAAAACUCGAAGCGCAAAAUCCCAAGUCGGCCGGAACGAAGAAAACCUUCCAAUCACCCAAUACAGCAGUAAAUGCCUUACUAGAAUGGUGCAGAAGAAAGACUCGAGGAUACGGAAUCGACCUACAGAACUAUACGACAAGCUGGGCGGAUGGUAUGGCCAUGUGUGCUAUUUUCCAUUACUUUUCUCCAGAUCUUAUUCCUUUCGAAACUUUAGACCCAAAUGACAGGAAGAGAAAUUGGACCCUAGCCUUCGAUGCAGCUUAUGCCGAGGGUCUAGAUCCAAUCCUAGAAUUGGAAGAUGUACUGCGCUCAAAGGUUCCUGAGCCCAAGAGUUUAAUAACAUAUGUACACACAAUCUAUCAACAUUUCCAUGAUAAAGCUGAAAAAGCAAAACUGGAAAUGGAGCAAGCAGCUUAAUAAGAUGAGUAGAAAUUUCAAGAUUCAAUUUUCGCAGUAUCGGAUAGCUAUAUAUACAGAAAGUACUUUCUAUAACUUUAGAUUUAAGGGAAUGAAAAGAAAACGAAGGAUGUGAAUGAUGUUACAGUAGCCAGACUCCUUUCAGCAAUUCCCAUUGCAGCUCAAAUUGGAAGGCAAGAAAAUAAUUCUUUUCUCUUGAAAUUGUUUUCCCUACACAUUGAGGUAUACUGGGAUUAUGCAUGUACUGCAAGGGUUCUAUUAAACCCUGAGCAUAGCAUCGAUAGCAUCAUAAAAUAUGGGCAGUUAAGCCUUGCUUGUGUCGGCAAGAGAACCAGGAUUUAGUGGUUCUUACAGUGUUAUAAGACUGAAAAUAUUUUAGGGAAGAAGCUAGAUAGCAUAGAGUUAACAUAGAUUUAAGAAUUUGCAAAUUUAAAAUAAUUUCUCUCUACUUUCCAUAAGAGAGAAGCUCUUUACGAAGUCUACCUCUGAGUUUGCAAACUAGGUGAUAAAUGCUAUCCGUACGAAGGUGCAUUCAAGGCCAUGAUACCCUGGCUAGCUUCUCCCUCUCUGAACUAAAGAAUGAGCUACAAAAAUUACUUAGAUAAUACCACUAGCUAAUGCUGAGAAGACGAGAUUGAUUCAUAAUUCUUAAAAUCUUUGUACUGACUUUUUGAGAUUUGAUUGAGAUGUUUUAAUACCUUUAAGUUUUCAUUCUCCAAACCCAGAGUAAAAAGAGAAGCAAGAGAACCUUGCUUGAAGUACACUCUCCAAACCCAGAGUAAAAAGAGAAGCAAGAGAACCUUGCUUGAAGUACACAUAAGUUUUGCCCUUGACAAGUACAACCGAGGUUGUUCAUUAAGUGUUCAUACAUUGAAAUAAGAAUUCAUAAUUUUGAUAUAAUUGCAUUUGAAUAGAGAUAAAACAGCUUUAUUAAAAAGGAAAGUGCAGAACGAAUGGAUUUUAUCUUCCUCUCUUUCCUUUACCUCCAUUUCUCCUUUCUAAUGCUCAGGCGAGGAUUUGAUCCAUAAGGAUAAGAGCAUAAUUAUAUUUGAACAUUAGUGUUCUAUAUUUUAUUACUUUGAGCAACUUUUAUAUUACUUUCAAAAAAGUUUUUUAAAUUGUAGAUAUACAUAAAGUGUAGGAUUUAUUUCCCUAUGUAGAUCUCAUAGAAGUUUAUAUUUAGAAAAAACUUUAGGUUUUAAUUUUAUUUUUGUUGGCUAGUGGAAUUUAGACCAGUUCUAUUCUUGAUAGACUGGCAAACACCUUCAAUGUGUAUUUCCAGAAAUUAUCCAUAUCCCCCCCCCCCCCCCCCGAGGGGAAUUUUUUAAGACCCCUCCUACCCCCAGAAAUUCCAAUUUUCUUCCAUACAAACUCUGUAAUUUUGUUAUUUCUCUGACGACCCCCUCCCCCCCAUUCCAAAUUCCAGUGUGGAGUAUGGAUAAUUUCUGGAACUACACAACAUAAAUAUUGCAUUGAGUGAAUUACGUUAUACAUAUAUAGUUCCCCCUCCCCCUUAAAAAUCCUAAUUUUAGAUUUCUACUUGCCAUGGUUAAAAAGAAAAAGGGGCAGUGCUUUGAGAAAGAUAAAUUUAUACUCUUUAUUAUAUAUCAGCUUGAAUUUCUCAUUUUCUAAAAUCUAUGUAUCAGAUUUAUAUAUAAAAAUGCAUUUAAUUACUGUGAAUGAAUAAAGUGUCAGUUGGUUUA